UGGUCUAAGACUAUACGCCUCCGUCACUUGAAUAAAAACCAAUACAUCAUUAAUUACCAUGAAGCUGUGGAUUAAGCGUCGUCAUUUCGUCAUAGCGAUUCAUCUGGUUUCCUGCCUGGUGACAUGGCCUUCGGAUGCAUUACGGCACAAGAUACACCGUCACAUGACCAGAGAUGAAUUGGUAGAUUUCUUUGGAGUAAAGUCGUAUAGUAAAGUUCCAGAGUACGAGAUCAUUCAGCCAAUCAUAAUAGAGAAUCAUAGCGCAAGGGUAUCACGUGACCAAACCUUCCACCAAUCCCACGACAGUGAUGGUGAACGUUCUUAUCUUAUUUACGCUUUCGGCAAAGAAUAUGCGCUCGACUUGGAGCCGGGUAAUAACAAUGUCUUUCCUGAACACCUCGUCCUUCAUCACUGGCAUGGCAACGGCACCAACCACACGUCACUCAGAGCGCAACGUUUACACCGUAACCAUGGAUACUAUGCCGGUCACGUGAGGGGUGAAAAACUUGAAUCUAUGGUGUCCUUAAGCGAACAAAAUGGAAAAUUAUUGAAUGGCUUCGUAGCAAGCAAGGACUUGGCCUUCUUCAUGAAGCCUCUUCCUGACAGAUUGUAUCACCUCGUUGGGGCAUUACGCUAUGACAAGCAGGAGCAGCAGGGGGCGCCCUCGCCUCCCCAUUUUGUAUUUAAACGCACAGAAAUUAACACAUGUGGGAGAGAAAUCGAUACAGGUACGUAG